AUGAACAUCGACAACAAGAAUCGCUUUGACAUUGUCAACGGCAAGCAGCUCGCGCUGCUGAUCGCCCCUCUUAUAUGCUUUCUCGCAGCAGCCGUUGCUGUAGCGGCAAGAUGGUACACUAGGAGUGUUAGGAGGAUCAAUACUCCUGCUGAGGAUGCCUUGAUGCUGGCUGGUCUAAUCAUGAGCUUUGUCGUCGUAACAUUGGUCUACAUCUUGGUAUUCUUAGGUGGCGAAGGCUUGACUAGCGACGAAAUCAGAGCGGACCCAACUAAAGACUUCCAAGUCGUUCAGCGAUAUUGGCUUCGGAUGCAAUUCGCACUCGAUAUAUGCUGGUGUACAUCAGUCGCGACCGUUCAAAUGGCCUUUGCCCAGUCCUACGUCCGAUUAUACGAGAAGAAACCCUUCGCCCGGCUCACCUGCUAUGUUUCCAUGGCGCUCAUCACGGUCUGGUACAUAUGGUCGCUGGUAGGUUGGAUCAACAUGUGCCAUCCACCGGGGAAAUGCGAGCUCCAGAGCAAAAAGUCAUGUAUAAUUAUCGGAUCCUUGCACGUCUUCUUCAACAGCGUUAUUCUAUUCGUUCCGUUACCGGCCAUACUUACAGCGCAAGAUCUCACAGCGAAGAAGAAGUGGUCGGUCAUGGUUUUGUUUCUGCUAGGAUGCUUCUGUACCAUACUAGCCGUCCUUCGCAUAGACUGCGCCAUCGAUGUAUUCGGCAACUACGACAAAGACCCCAUUGGCGCAUCCUGGUGGCGCAUAUGCUUUUCUCCCAUUGAAGUUGCUGUAGGCAUCAUCUGCUGCUGUGUCCCCAACGUUCGCUCGCUGCCAUCGUGGCGACGUGAUCGCCGAACCGCACCCAACGAGGGCACUGGCCUACGAAGACUGAAGUUCCGGACACAGAGCAACGGCUCUUCGACAUCAAACCUCAACGAACCAUCGCACUGGAUGCCAUCAGCCGCAAAACCGCAGGUCGCUGCUUUUGUCACGCUGAACGACUCGGAUACCCUGGACAGAGUGGGCUCGCUGGGAGCAAACGAAAUCAAAGUCACCAAGGAAUACGACCUCCAUCGACUGUAA